AUGGUUAUAUCAGGUGCUGUGGAAUGGUGGGAGCAGUGGCAUCUGCGCAUCCUCGUCCUCAGCAGCCUCUUCUUCCAGUACCUCCUGCUCUGCUCUUCUCCCUUGCGUAAGUUUGCUAUUCCUUCCUGGUACAGAUCCAUCAUAUGGCUCGCAUACCAAGGCAGCGAUGCUGUAGCCAUAUACGCCCUGGCCACCCUCUUUAACCGCCAGAGGAGUCAGGAUCAUGGUGGUGCUACUUCUGCAAACAACAGUAGCAUCCUGGAGGUGGUGUGGGCACCCGUUCUCCUGAUGCACCUCGGAGGGCAGGACCUCAUAACCGCCUACAAUAUCGAAGACAAUGAGCUGUGGACGCGGCACAUCCUCACAGCUGUGUCCCAGGUCACUGUAGCUAUCUAUAUGUUCUGCAAAUCGUGGCCAGGAGGCGACAAGAGGUUGUUGCAGGCAUCAAUCUUGUUCUUCGUCCCUGGGAUUCUCAAAUGCAUUGAGAAGCCCUGGGCUCUCAAGAGUGCUAGCAUUAACAGCCUAGUAAGCUCUUCCGCUCAUGCUCCGAGCAGAACUGCCACCAGAGAAGGCGAGAUCAAUUCGCUUGAAGACUACGUGCAAAAGGCAAGGGCUUUUGCCCAGACCGACCCUGGUUUCCAAGCACAAGAAGGUGAUGCGGUGGACCAUGGGGCUGACAAUUAUCUUUCUCAAUCACAAGGAGAAGAUAUUGUGCUGGACCUUGAGGCCAACCAUGGAUCUCAAACACAGGGAGUGGCUGCCACGCUGGAUCUUGAGCCCGAUCAUCAUCCUCAGACCUCAAGGACAUGGAUAGGUCGCCUAAACCAAAUAAAGGAAAAAAUGGGAUGCCACGUAAACCAAAUAAUGGAGAAAAGGAGAAGCCACCUAAACCAAAGAGAGCCAAGAUUGAGAAGGCGAGAUAAUGACUAUAAUGGGGACCCUGAGACCUACAGGAUAUUUGUGGACCUUGCAUCGCCGUAUCCUGAUCGGCUUGUGAUCCUAAAAUCCUUUUGGGUGCUUGAUGGAAAACAAGCAUACAUUUUAUUGCAGAAUAGAUUGUUCAGCAUUUUCAAUAUUCUCUACACAAAAUCAAAGAUACUCGGCAGUUUUAAAGAAGAGGAAGACCCGAGCGGGUUGGAACUUCUUUCUCUGUACAUACGGUUAUCGGCUAGUUUAUUGCCAUGGGCAGCCAUAGGCCUAUUCCACAAGAGUCACAGAGAAGCUUAUGAUGAUAAUGAUGUCAAGGUUACAUAUGCCUUGUUCUGCUGUACUGCAGUGCUAGAGUACUGUUCCUGUGCUUCCUUUGCCUUUGAGAAAUUUACUUUUCUAAAGGUAUUUCUCAAUGCCAUACUCAAAGUCAAAGAUAGCCUCAUAGGCCAAUUUAAUCUGGUAGGAUUCUUUGCUCGUAACAGAAGGCACUCCAGGAAGAUGUGCAUCCUUAAUUUCUUUAACUGCAAAGACUUUCUUGACCAAAAUUGGUCCAUGAAGCCCUGCAAGUUAUCCUUUGCAAUUCUAGAUUUGGUUCUUAAGUAUGUGAAGAAGGGGUGGGAAGAUCAAAUAAAAGAUACUGACAGCUACUGGAAGUUCAACGAUCGCAGGGGGCAAUGGACUCUUCAGUCCAACAACUGCGACGAAGAUCUCAGUUGCAGCUUAAGGAAGCCAUUCGAUGAGAGUGUUCUUCUCUGGCACAUCGCAACGGAUUUCUGCUUCUACUACAUGGGCGCAUCAGCAGAUCACCAAUGUGCCACUGCUCAGUGUAUUCAAGAUGCUUCCGGUGAGGAUCAUCGGUGUGCUGUUUGGUGUGAAAGAUCUCCUCAUCACAAAAGAGCCGUCCAGUGCAGAGAAAUCUCCAACUACAUGAUGUACCUACUGUUUGUCAAUCCCGAGAUGCUACUACCAGGCACUAGGCGAAAUCUGUUCACAGCUGCCAAUUCUGAGCUAAAGAAGAUCCUCAAGGAUGACAAUCCAUCGCUCAAGAAAAUUGUCAAGGGCGGCAAGCCUUCACUCAUGGAGAUCCUCAAGUGCAAUAAACCAUUCUGCAACUUCUUCACAGUCAAAAGGCCAUCGCUCAAGGAAAUCGAAAGAGGAUUUACACAGAGAAUAAUCGCGAAGGUACAGCCCAGGGAAAACAGAGAACAAGUUGUUGAACAUACGGACUUGCCACUGGAUGCGGAGACAGAUGCAACUACACAAGAAGGUUUUGUCCAUGAUGCAUGGAAUCUUGCCAAUGGGCUGCUGCAAAUGUGUGAUGACAAGAUGUGGGAGGUAAUCGAAGGCGUGUGGGUGGAGAUGCUCUGCUUCUCGGCUAGUAGGUGUCGAGGGUACCUACAUGCCAAGAGUUUGGGCACUGGUGGGGAGCUGCUCACGUAUAUCUGUCUCCUGUUGUCGCACAUGGGGAUGGAGACCUUACCGGAGAGGUUGCAGAGGACGGAACUUUCAAGUGGAGGAAAUGCCAGGGUCACUCCAUUGACUUCCCAGGUUUGGAGAUAUAUUUUAACUAUAUGUGAAUAUGUGAUCUACCAGGUACCUGCGAGCAAGGACCCACCACCCUUGAGACGUCGGAGGCCUCAUGAAGCUGCUGCUGCUGGGGCAUCUACCUCUCGACCUCAAGAAGUACAACCAGCUGAAUGA